AUGCCCGCGUUUAUGAUUGCUAGCAGUCUGGCUAGCAAAGUACUGACUACCUUCUCUCAUCUAAUCGUUGACAGUGACUGUGCGCAAUUUGAAUCGGGAAAUAUGUGCGAGGAAGUGUUAUUUAAUAUUGCAACUCUUGGUGCCGGCACGUAUUUCUUCUUCGUCUCGGUAACAAGUUUGCCAGAUCUGGUUUCUUCGCUCUCCAGGCGGCCGUUGUGA